GAGAGGUCAGAGAGAAGUUAUAUAGUGGAGAUAAAAAAGGAUACAGAGAAAGGCCAAAGAACCUUCUCUUCUUCUUCAUAAUUAACACUGUAUAAUAGUAUUCAUAUUUCUUUGUGUAGAUAAGCUCUCCUCUGCUUUUCUUCUUCAUAGACCCUUUUUCAUGUUUGUUGAAGUUUGAUGUCUAAGCAACUGGAGCAUGAUUACAUAGGCUUGUCAGAGGUUUCUUCAAUGGAAAGCUCUGAGAAGCUCACCACUGAUUCGGAGGGCAGCAAUGGUCUCAACUUGAAGGCCACAGAGCUGAGGCUGGGUUUGCCUGGUUCUGAGUCACCUGAGAGGAUUGACUCAGUUGGGGGUUUGGAUAAGAAUGGAUACCCACUUGGGGUGCUGAAGAACUUGGUCUCUGGUGCCAAGAGAGGCUUCUCUGACGCCAUUGAUGGUGGUUCCGGCAAGUGGGUCUUCUCCGGGAGUGGUGGAUCCGAGACUGAUUUGGCCAAAGGUGGUGGCUUGUUCUCUCCCAGAGGUGGAAAUGGUGGUGGGAAGCAUCUUGGUGGGUCGGAGAGCAACAAUCAGCACUCGAGUUUGGGUACUCCAGUUAAGAACGACGUCGUUCCGCAGUCGCCAAAGCCUAUGCAUGAGAAAAAGCCUCAGAUUUCUGCUCCUGCCGCAAAAGCACAGGUAGUAGGGUGGCCACCAAUUCGGUCUUUCCGGAAGAAUUCAAUGGCAUCUAAUCUUCCAAAGAAUGAUGAGGAUGCGGAAGGCAAGUUAGGAUCCGGGUGUCUUUACGUCAAGGUCAGUAUGGAUGGUGCUCCAUACCUUAGGAAAGUUGAUCUCAAAUUAUACUCCACCUAUGUGGAACUCUCUUCAGCUUUAGAAAAGAUGUUCAGCUGCUUUACAAUUGGGCAAUGCGGUUCUAAUGGAGUUCCUAUUCGAGAUGGUCUGAGUGAGAGUCGACUAAUGGAUCUUCUCCAUGGCUCUGAGUACGUACUCACUUAUGAAGACAAGGACGGUGACUGGAUGCUAGUUGGCGAUGUUCCUUGGGAAAUGUUUACAGACUCUUGCAAGAGAAUGAGGAUAAUGAAGAGUUCAGAAGCCAUUGGAUUAGCCCCAAGGGCAAUGGAGAAAUGCAAGAGUCGCAACUAGUGUAAUAUUACUGCAGAUGGAUCAAAUAUUCUGUAUAAGAAAAACACAGUGGAAGUGGUCUAUAUCUGAAUGCUACAAACCUUGAGUGCCUUUCAAGGUUCAGCUUGGUUUUUCCUUAAUUCUAUAUGUUCCAAAAUAUUUUAAGACUCGGGGUGUACUGAAAAAAACUUUCUAGCAGGCAAGACUCGGGAGGUAUCUUUGUAGACAGUCGAAGGUUUUUCUUAGGUUUGUUUUAAGUCUUCUUCCCCCUCUCCAUGUACUCUGAAUUUCUGAUUGCUGGCUGCUUAAGGCUUCAAUACUAGCUAUGUAAAUGGUUUGCUGUACCACCAA